AUGGUCAUUCGCCAUGGUAAGCCUUCGGACUCGUCGUCCUCUGGAGUCCACCCUCCCCCCCCCCUACUGCUUCUCGCACCAUCGUCGUAAUAGACACCAGAAUCCUCACAGUGGCCCGACACUUGAUGUUGCAGCGCGACUUCAAUCCCGACCUGUACAUUUCUCAACUGCGCCAAUGCCGACAUCUUCCCGAAUCCGUAAUGAAGCAGCUGUGCAACAUUGUGCGCGCGCUGCUGAUGGAGGAGUCGAAUGUCCAGCCCGUGUCCUCCCCCGUGACCGUCUGCGGCGACAUCCAUGGACAGUUGUGGGACCUGCUCGAGCUACUCCGUGUGGGAGGGGAUUGUCCUUCGACAUCCUAUAUCUUCAUGGUAAGCGGUGUGCGACUUGCUCGUACAAAGACCGCCGUAAGCGUCUGACAGUCCCUCUUAUUUUCAAUUUUCGGGGCAUCCCCACCGAGAAGGGCGAUUUCGUUGACCGGGGGUACUACAGCCUAGAGACGCUCUCACUGCUGCUAACGUUGAAGGCCAAGUGAGUCGCUCUCCUUGAAGCUGGCUCAUACUCAUUCGACCUCGAUCGACUUCAAAUGAUGGCAGUGUUCCCAUACGUGGCUUUCGUAUUCGGGCAGGUACCCAGACCGCGUGACCUUACUUAGGGGCAACCACGAGUCCCGGCAAAUCACACAAGUGUAUGGCUUUUAUGGUCCGUCUCCUCGCAUAUUUCGCUCAUCAGGCGUGCAAUACGAGCUGAACUUGGGUGCGGAUCGAACCCCUGCGCCGUGCGCAGACGAGUGUCAACAAAAGUACGGCAAUGCCAACGUAUGGAAGGCGUGUUGCUCGGUCUUCGAUUACCUGAAUCUCGCAGCUGUAAGCAUGCUCCGAUCUAUGGAGGGAGGUCUGCCGGACUGACCAAUUGAGCCUUUGGCCUUGUGGAUGUCUAGGUCGUGAAUGGGUCCAUAUUGUGUGUACACGGCGGUCUCUCUCCUGAGCUCCGUACUUUGGACCAAAUACGAGUUAUCGCGCGGGCCCAGGAGAUUCCCCACGAAGGCGCAUUCUGCGGUACGCCUUUGAAUGCGAGAUAGAACUCGAUCCGCAUCUACGCUUCAUGCACUUACGCUUCGAAAUGGUCGUCCUUUACCUAGAUCUGAUGUGGUCCGACCCAGACGAGGUCGAGACAUGGUCCAUAUCACCUCGAGGCGCCGGGUGGCUGUUCGGGGCGCGCGUGACCAAUGAGGCAAGAUUUCCCGCAACUCGAGCGAACCCCACAUAUUCUCAGGGCUGACGUCGCAUUCUGCUAUGUUGUCGGGUUCACCAAAAGUUCAAUCUUGUGAACCAGCUCACUUUGAUUGCGCGGGCCCACCAACUGGUCCAGGAAGGCUACAAGUUCAUGUUCGCGCCCGAAAACAACCUCGUGACCGUCUGGUCAGCCCCGAAUUAUUGCUACCGUUGUGGCAACGUCGCGAGCGUGAUGCAAGUACGUGAGGGCGCAGUCGUCGACAGGGAUAGCUUCAAGAUCUUCGAAGCAGGUGCGCAUUUUCAUGUCAAAGCCAAGACCCGAAACCAAGGGCUUUUCUUGUGUAGAAACUUAACCUCCAGCUGAUGUCGGUCUCCCUCUGGCCGCCACUGACUCGCUUUUUCGCGUCAUGCCGUACAUGCCGUAUCCACCGAUCCCCACCCACCUGUCUCACUCCACUUUCGUAUCACUAUGCUGCUUUUCUGGCCACAGUGCCCAAUCAGGACAAAAGCAUUCCAAAUCGGUCUGCAGCCUCGGUAAGUGGGAGCUUCGAAAAGCACAGCUGCAAUAGUGGCUGACCGCCUUCCACAUGCUGUGAAUCAGAGCUAUUUCUUGUGA